CUGACUCCCCCUACGUUGAGACAUAACCCCUUGAGAUCCGUCAUACCGCAUUCAUACAAUUCUUUUUCCUUUUUUCUUGCUUUCUCUCAUUUUCUUGGCGUCUUGUUUUCUAAAAUCUCUCACUCUCUGCUGUUUCGAUUUGCUUUCUCCUUCCCUCGUCCUUUGCUACGUGAAGCGUUGUUUCUUUCCUUUAAUUCGAAAUGGCUGUGCCUGUCUCUGCUAUUGGUUUUGAAGGCUUUGAAAAGAGGCUUGAAGUUUCUUUCUUUGAGCCUGGAAUGUUUGCUGAUCCAGGGGGGAUGGGCCUCCGAUCUCUGUCAAAAUCUCAAGUGGAUGAGAUUCUGAAACCAGCUGAAUGCACUAUUGUCGAUUCACUGUCCAAUGACCAUCUUGAUUCAUAUGUCCUUUCAGAAUCUAGCCUCUUUGUGUACCCGUAUAAGAUCAUUAUCAAAACUUGUGGGACAACAAAAUUGCUUCUUUCGAUCCCUGCAAUUCUCAAGCUGGCUAGCUCGAUUUCUCUUGCUGUGAGAUCUGUGAGGUACACUCGUGGGAGCUUUAUAUUUCCUGGUGCCCAGUCUUUUCCGCACCGUAACUUUGCAGAGGAGGUAGCUGUUCUUGAUAGCCACUUUGGAAAGCUUGGUUUGGCCAGCAAAGCUUACAUGAUGGGCAGCCCCAACCAAAAACAGAAGUGGCAUGUAUACUCUGCUCAUGCAGAACUGGCAAGCUUGGUCUGGGGAGCACGGCAGUUGGGUUCUGUCUACACUCUAGAGAUGUGCAUGACUGGUUUGGACAGGGAAAGAGCAUCUGUCUUUUACAAAACGAAUGAAAGCUCUGCUGCUAAGAUGACUGAGGAUUCUGGUAUCAGGAAAAUCCUUCCACAAUCUGAAAUUUGCGACUUCGAGUUCGAGCCUUGUGGUUAUUCGAUGAACUCUAUUGAAAAGGAUGCGAUCUCCACUAUCCAUGUGACGCCAGAAGAUGGUUUCAGCUAUGCAAGUUUUGAAGCAAUGGGCUAUAAUUUUGAGGAUGUUGAUCUGAGCCAGCUGCUUCAGAGGGUGUUGGCUUGCUUCCGGCCAUCUGAAUUCUCUGUGGCUCUGCAUUCCUCAGUUGUUCGUGAAGAGCUUGGAUCUAAGUUCCCACUGAGCUUGAAGGGGUACUCUAUUGCAGAAAGGAAUGCUGAAGUGCUCGGUAUGGGUGGAACUCUCAUCUACUACAGCUUUGUUCGUGGUGGAGAUAGUGGAUCUCCCCGGUCGACUCUUAAACGCUUUUGGAGUGAGGACGAGAAGGAUGAGGAAGGUGAAGAGAAAUGGCUUUGAAUUGAGAGUGGUCUUUCUACUAUUACUAUUGUUGCUGAAUAAAACAAGUUUGUGAGGGGUUAUGUUGUCUUGAGUCAUGUCAUCUUUUUUAUGCUUUUCCAGUCGGUUUGAACUUUUAAUGAGUGUCUUAUGGUUGUUUGUGUUUCCCGUUUAUUCUGUUUAAUAAGGCUACUCUUCCACACUUGAUGUGGAAGUGCUGGAGUGGACACCAUUAUAUUGGAAUACACAGUUAUGUUUGAUUGUUUCAUUUAUAUGUGAUGUUGCAGCUAUUUGUUAAA